AUGAUUAUGAAUAUCAAAAAUGUGUUUCGAUCAGUGAUUUUUUUCGCAUUCAUGCCGUUUCAUAAAAUUAUCAUCAUUUUCGGGAUAAUAAAUACAUUUAUAUUACUAUGGAUACUACAUGAAUAUGAUGUAUAUAACAAUUGGAAUGUACCAAGACAAAUGAAUAAUGAUGUAUUCAACAGUCCAGAGUUCUUAUCAUUAAAUCAAACAACAAAUUUACAUGUUUAUAUUGUAGAAGAACAUCAUGAAGUCAUUCCUUAUUGGUUUACUGCUGCCAAGUCAUUUAAUAAUGAAAAAGCUGUUUUAAUUCAUAUUGAUGCUCAUAGUGAUAUGGAUUAUCCAGAAUUAGUAGAUGAAUUUCCAAUUGGUCAUUUUCCUCGAUCAAAUAAUGAAAUGCAAACAUUAAUGCAAUCCAAUGAUGAAUUUAUUCAGAGUGCAAUUAUUGCUAAUCUUAUUCAAACUGUAUAUAUUAUAUAUCCAUAUUGGACAUUUAAUGGUAGUUAUGCUUAUACAUCUAGUUUAGGUAUAACAACCAUUAAUAAUACAAAACAAGUAUGUAUGUGUCUUGAUAUUAAUAAUAAUGAAGAAGACGAUGUAAAUUGUAAAACACGUAAUCAAAAUGAUACUUUAAAUGAUUUACUAUUAUCAUUCAAACAAUGUCCUAAAACAUGGUUAUAUCAUUAUAUUGAAUUAAAUUCAUUAACAGCAUCAAAUAUAUUACAUUAUUCAAAAUAUUGGUCAUUCAAUAAAACACUUUUCAAAAACGGAACUGAUUCAACAUUCAAUCCAAAUAAACAAACAAAUGAUCACCAUCAUCCUCAUCCUCAUCAUUUACCUUUAAUCCUUGAUAUUGAUGAAGAUUUUUUUGGUGUACAUAUUGUUACUAAUACAUUAUUCAAAUCUGGUUUAAAUUAUGAUUUUAUUCAAUCAAUAAAUUUAAUAAUUUCAUCAAUAUUUUGUCCAAUAUCAUCAUAUAUCAAUGAAAAUGUUAUUGAUCAAAUUUUUCAUUGGUUAAUUCAACAAAUAUAUUUUCAUAUACAUUAUAAUAAAAAUAAUCAAAAAUCAAUAAUCGAUCAUUAUCGAUUGGAUAUCUUAAUAAAAAAAAUCAACAAAACUCUUCAACUUACUGAUAUAUUAUGUAAUCAUUAUCAAUUAUAUAUUAUUAAAUUAAAUCAAUUAUUUAUUAAUUAUACAAUUACUUAUGAUCAAAUGAAGAUAAUAAGUCAUAUAGGGGUAUGUUAUACUUAUUCAAUAUUAACAUAUCAAUAUAUACCAGAGAUACAUUUAUGUUUAGGACAUAAUUUACCUAAUACAACAUUAAUAGAUGAAUAUUUACCAACAUCUAAAGAUUUAUUAAAAUUAGCUAUACAAUUUACACAAAUAUUAUUAUCUAUUCCAUAUUUACCUAAUAUUAUUACUAUAGCACGUUCAUCACGUGAUGGUUAUACACCUAGAUGGUUACAAUAUCAUAUUGAAACAAUGAUAUUAAAUAUAAUAAAAACUGUAUUUAAUUUAACUGAAAAUAGUAUUAUUUUUACGAAACAUUUAGCUGGUGAUAAAUAUUAUGGUUGGUAUGAACGAUUUACAAGGAUAAAUGACAAUUUAUAAACUUGUAAAUAUUACUUACUUACUUACGCCUGUUUGCCCUCGUGAAGGAGCCUAGGCCACCGAUCAGCAUUCUUCAUCCAACCCUGUCUUGGGCAAACCUUUCCAGUUUUUUCCAAGUUGUUAUUUAUCCUUUUCAUAUCUGCUUUUAUUUCAUGGCGUAAUGUGUUCUUUGACUUUCCUCUUUUCCGUUUCCCUUCUGGAUUCCAAGUUAGGGCUUGCCCUGUGAUGCACAUUGGUGAUUUCUUUAAUGUAUGUCCUAUCCACUAUCAACGUAUUUUCUUAAUUUCUUUUUCAGCUGGAAGCUGAUUUGUCCUCUUCCAUAAAACGCUGUUGUAAAUAUAUAUCAUUAAAUUAAAUUAGUUUUUUUUGUGGAAGAAAUGAUGUCAUUGAAGUGUUAUAAUUUGUAGCCAAGUGGAUGUAUAAACAUGAAACGGAAACAAUGAUUCGAACUAGAAUCUGUUUGACACUCCGAUCACUUAGGUGUAGAUGAAUUGCACUUUUUUAAAAGGUAAAAGGCUAUAUCGAUAAAAAUUUGUAAACACUUUUCUCUUGUCGUUAUGAGAAGCAAUUUCCUCGUUGUUUGUUUGGCUUUUUGUAUCACAUACCUGUGAUGUGGAGAGAAGUGGACCACUAGGAAAAGGCCACUUUAGAAAAUGAGACGUUUCUUUGUCAGUUAUUUAUAUCGAAAUGUGUAAAAUUUCAGGAGAUAAACUCAUACGAUGAAUAUGAAACAUAGACCACCAAAUUUCAUUGAAAGGAAAUACAAAAUCAGUUGAACACAUAUUUUUAGACAUAAAAAAUGAACCGAACUAAAUUUCUGCUUGGGAAAAUGUUAUAACUUGUAAUCGAGUGGAUUCCCUGCUAAUGUAUAACGUGAUAAUACCGCCAAUUAGAGAGCAGCGAAUUAUCGAUCGGACCAAUGACACAAGAAACUCGUACAAACAGUCUAGAGUACGUAUCGGUCCUGCUUUUGCCUAGCCCAGCCAGUUAACUCCAGAACACCAAUAACAGCCUCUGUUGUAUGAAUCAUUAUAUUUCAAACGUACUAAGUUUGUAUACCAAACAGAAGACCGUAUCGUACCAAUAAAAUAGAAAAUAGCAUUUGUACAAGAUUUAGCCAAAUGUGACUGUGAAUGUGGG